AUGACUGACAGAAAGGCUGUUAUCAAGAAUGCUGACAUGUCUGAGGAUAUGCAGCAAGAUGCUGUGGACUGUGCAACCCAGGCCAUGGAGAAAUACAACAUAGAGAAAGACAUUGCAGCCUACGUCAAGAAAGAGUUUGACAAGAAGUAUAAUCCCACAUGGCAUUGCAUAGUUGGGAGGAACUUCGGCAGCUACGUGACCCAUGAGACCAAGCACUUCAUUUACUUCUACCUGGGUCAAGUGGCCAUCCUUCUCUUCAAGUCUGGCUGAGUUCCCUCAGUGAGGUUUUGAAAGCCUCUGAUUAUGAACUGCAAUGCACUGGAUGCAGAUGAUGCCUCCACACACACACACACACACACACACACAAACACUUCAAAUAACAUAAACAUACCAUAGAGAUGCAAAAUGGCUGUGCGCAACUGCAUGGACUAUGUACCUUAUAAAUGUGUAUGUUACAGUCAAAUUACUUUACAAUAGUUGCCAGGAAAAAUGCAACGUAAAGAGUUUUGUUAAACAGGCCCUUCAUAUUUUGUUAUACUUCGUAUUAAGUUGUAAAUGCUUUAACGAUGGCCCUUGAUUGUGUAAUAAAGGCAAGCUAGAAGGAGUAGCUGUGCAUCUGCUUGA